UUCCAAGAUGGCGAUAUUUGCGUGGCAACAUCACAGGAAUUAGUAGCAGAAGAGAGACUCUAGGAGAGAGAAAGAACUGAAACUGGCUGACGGGAGGAAAAACAUUUGGAGGACAUUAACUUUCAACAAUAAGCCAGUGAAAUGAGUUCUUCAGAAGAGUUGAAAGAGACAGACGCAGACAGCAGCAGACCCCAUCAGUGUCAGAAGUGUGGGAAAUCUUACAGUCGGAUUUGCAGUCUAAAGAGACAUGAACUCACUCACACUGCAGAGAAACUGUACAACUGUGAACAAUGUCGUAACAGUUUCAGCCAACUUCAUGCCUACAAGACACACUUGCAGACCCACACUGAAGAAACUACAUACUGCUGUGAACAGUGCAAGAGGCAUUUCAGCGACCAGAGUUCAUAUAAAAAACACCUACGUGACCACACUGGACCAUACCAGUGUGACCAAUGUGAAAAGGCUUUCAGUUGCUUCAGUCUUCACAAGAUACACAUGCGUGUCCACACUAAAGAAAAGCCAUACAGCUGUGAACAGUGUCCGAAAAGUUUUAGUUUUUUAAGUUCAUACAAGCGACACCUGCUAAGCCACACCGGAGAGAAGCCGUACCAGUGUGACUUUUGUGGAAAGAGUUUUACGCAGUCAGGGCAUUUCAGUCUGCAUCUGCGCAACCACACCGGAGAGAAACCAUACGAGUGUAAACAAUGUGAAAAAAGUUUCAGCGACUUAAGUAGUUACAACAUACACCUGCGUGUUCACUCAGGAGAGAAACCGUACUGCUGUAACCAGUGUGGGAGGAGUUUCUCUCAGUUAGGUAAUUACAAAUCACAUUUGCGUAUCCACACUGGAGAAAAACCAUUCCAAUGUGAACUAUGUGAGAAAAGCUUCUCCAUUUCAAAAUCAUAUAAACAACACUUGCGUACGCACACUGGAGAGAAGCCGUACCAGUGUAAAGAAUGUGGGAAAGGUUUUGGUCGUAUGAGUAACUACAUGCGUCACCUCCGUAUUCACUCUGGAGAGCAACCAUACAGCUGUGACCAAUGCGGGAAAUCUUUCAAUAGUUCAUAUAGUUACAGCCGACACUCGCGUGUGCACACUGGAGAGAAACCAUACUGGUGUUCACACUGUAAGAGACUAUUUACUCGAUCACAGUCUUUGAAGAAACACCGCUGUAUUGCAAUAGAUGAAGACUAUUUGGAUGAGGAAAUAGAUAAAAGUUCGACUGUUCCAAACAAAGAAGCACAACGGAGUUGCUCACCAACAAACGACAACCAACAAAAAACAGAAUAAACUACAGUGUGUUCAAGGUAGUUAGGGGACAUGUCACAAGUGCAACAGUUUGGCUUUUUUGUGUUCCUAAUAGUUCUUAGACAACAGUGGAGCUUUAUUGCACCUCUUCUCUACUCUGACUACUCUAAAGGUGCUGAAAAAAAAGCUUUAUUUAUAUGGCACCUUUCUUUAACACUAGCUUGCUAAUUGUCAACCACACAGCUCAUGGUAACAUUUGUUAGCAGAAUGUGACACUAAAAUUGAUAUGUCAAACAGACUGAUUACUUUAGGGAAGACAUUAAGGCAUAAGGCCCACAUUUUCAUUUGUAGGAAUCUUGAGUUAAGGUCACAGAGAGAACCUGACACUCCAAAGUCAUUCAUUUAGAUCCUAUUGACUCAAUGAAACAUCUCUCAGCAUCACCGAGGAACAAAGAACUGUCCACUGUGAUAAGAUUCAAGCUGGAGGAAUAAGACUUUGCGUUAAUUCAAAGAAUAUGUUGGAAGCAUGUUAUUUAACUUUAUUGUGAUAAUGGCUAUGUAUGAAGUAUUAUAAGUUGAGUUAUUGUAGAAUUCUCAAUUAUUCUGGUCUCCAGAACCAAAUAAUGGAAAGUACCACCAACAAUUUAAAGGCUCCGUAUGCUUUAUUGGAGAAUGUCUUACUUUGGCUCCAUCUGGUGGUAGUAACAAGUAUGGCUGUGGCGGGAUUGGUUUAUCCAAUUACAAAAAACAUGCUUAUAUAUAAAAUCAUAUAUAGAAAUAAAUUGUAUCUGCCCAGUAAUCUUGUGUCAACAGCUGCUGCCACAAUUUAUAAGUUUUCAGAAGUUUCCUUGAGUUACUCACAGCAUUGAAAAUAAUAUUUGUGUCAGACCUCGCUGGGCUGAGGAUGAUUGACAGCAAGGUCUUGGAAUGAUCAUGCAGUGUUUCUGUGUGAUUUGAAAACACUAUGGUUUUUGACAGUUAUCUGUAUAAAUGCAGUGGUCCUAAUAAAGAUUGGAGUUCAAUUCACAUCUGGAGACAUCUGAAACAAAGUGUGGACUGCAGGGAAACAAUCACAGCUUGUUUGAUGUCCAUCAGAGCACUAGCAAGUGGUCAAUUACCUGAAACUCACAAUAACUUAACAAUUAAAACAGUUCACUCUCAUGAUUGUUUUGUAUAUUGUGUAUAGUAUAAUAUGUACUAUUAGUCUGUGAUUCCAUGGAGAAUGAAAAAUGUAAGUCACUAAUA